AUGGAGAAGUUGGGCAUCAAGCAGAAGCAACUCCAGCCCAGUCGGACUGUCUUCCAUGGCAUAGUACCUGGCCUUUCGCACUCACCACUCGGCAAGACCAAGAUAGAUGUCCUCUUUGGGGACAAAGAUCAUUUCCACCGAGAGCCCGUCUGGUUUGAGGUAGUUGACCUCGAGAGCCCUUACCAUGCACUGCUUGGCCAACCUGCCUUGGCCAAAUUCAUGGAUGUACCGCACUAUGCCUACCUUAAGACGAAGAUGCCAAGUACCAAAGGGAUCAUCACCAUCUCUGGAGAUUACAAGAAGUCAUCCGCCUGUGCAUCUGCCAGCAGCCGGCUGGCCGAGUCCCUUGUGAUUGCUGCCGAGAAGCGACUCCUUGACCGGUUUGUGGCCAUGGCCGGCAAGUAG